ACAGAUGAUGAACUUUAAUUGCUUCACCGCAAAGCUCUGCUAGAAGAGAAAGCCCUGUGAUCUGCUACGCUUCUUUUACUAUUUAUAUCAAGAUGCCGCCCAUAGCUCCUGUUUUCUACCACUACCAUACUGCACAAUAACUCGUCUCCAAUUCAUUCUUCGGUCUCGACCCAACUAUCUUCAAUCUUCCAUCAUGUCUCAUUUCGAGGGUUUCAACAUCAUCAACAAGAUCUACAAAGAGGUGCAAGGGCAUCAAAUCGACUUGGACAUUAUCUACUCAACGAAGUUGACUGUUCCUCAUUCUGAAGAAUCGCCAUGUCCAAUUCUUCUCCGAUUCCAUGGAGGCGGUCUUGUCGGCGGAUCUAGCCUCUACGCUCCGUUCUUCGCCCCUUGGCUGCUCCAACUCAUCGAACGCCACUCUGCAAUCAUCGUCUCUCCAAAUUAUCGAUUGAUCCCUGAGGGUACCGUCCAGGACGCACUUGAUGAUGUAGAAGACGCGUGGCAGUGGAUACACCAUUCCUUGGCGGAAAUAAUGCUGGACGAAACUGGCAUUCACGUUGAUGUGAAUCGCAUCAUGACCGCUGGAGAUAGCGCAGGAGGAUACCUCAGCCUUCAUGUUGGACUCAAUCACCCAGGCGAUAUACGAGCUGUCACUGCUGCCUAUCCAGCAGUAGACGUAGGAAGCCCUCACUUCACUGGCCAGUACGAGAAACGGGUGUUUGGCAUGCCGCCGAUGCCUCGCAGUACUCUGGUGGAGCACAUGAAGAGUAUUGAGGAUAGUGGCAGAACCAUUGUCACUGCUGAUGAUGUUGGGGAACGCGGGACCCUUAUGUGGUCUGUAGUCCAACACGGAUUAUUUGGUCAAUUCUACCCCCCUCAGCAGACAGGUUUGUUCCCACUUCUUCGCCUGGAUAGUGGCGAUCGAUUCCCUCGAGGGGGAGUCCUCGUCUGGCACGGCAAAGACGACACAGUGGUUCCAGUGGAAGGCAGUCUCAAGUUGAAGCAAAAGAUUGAGAGUGUGGAUCCUGAGCUGAAUUUUAAACUGGUGAUUCGGGAUGGGGAGCAUGGAUUCGAUCAUGCUGUGAAUUUGCAGGAGGACUGGGCCCUGCAGGCAAUGCAGGAUUGUGUGAACUCGUGGCUGCGAUAAAGUGGCGAGGCUUCCUGUAGCACAUAGGUCAUGACCAACGAGGGUGGAGACAACAAGGUCAAUUAUUAUGGUGUUAUAUACGCCUGAGCUACUAGUCAAGGCCCUG